GCCAUCCAUGACUUUACCAGAAGCAGAAUAACAUUCCGCCCCCAUGGCUCGCCUCACUCUUCUCCUGCGCGCCCGUCCACUCACGGCCUCGAGGCUCUUCUCGUCGACCGCGCGCCGCCGCGAUGUCGUGCAGCUACCGCAGCCAAACGCGCUCCCACCGCGCACGCCGCCCAACUACCAAGGUGAGCAACAACCCUCUCACAAACAAGCACAACGCACAUAAAGAGCCAGAACCUGCCCGCAGCAGCCAACAGCCGUCGCUGACGCCCGCCCAGCGAACCGGCGCAACGACCUGCUCGCGCUACAAUGGCCUGCACCGCCGCGCACCAUCCUCGUCAUGAAGAAAGAAGACACGCCGCACGUGACGGCCGCGCUGGUCGAGCUUGCCCAGCACAUCCAGACGUCGUACCCGGGCGUGCGCAUCCUGCUCGAGCCCGCCGUCGCGCGCGCUGUGCACGCCUCGCUGCCCGCCCCCGUCUACGCCCUCCCGCCCCAGCACGCCGACCAGGCAAGCGUGCUGACCGAGCACGUCGACCUGAUCGCCACGCUCGGCGGCGACGGGACGAUCUUGCAUGCCGCGAGCUUGUUUGCUGCCGCGCGCCGCGUCCCGCCUAUACUGGCGUUUAGCAUGGGCACGCUGGGGUUCUUGGGCGAGUGGAAGUUCGCCGAGUAUAAGCGCGCGUUCAGGGAGGUGUACAUGAGCGGGGCGUCGUUGGAGCAGCGGAUGGACCGCGCGGCCGUUAAUGGUGGUGGUGGCGGUGGUGCGGUAGCUGCACCGUCUCCGCAGCACGACGACGAUCCCUGGGCCAUGGAUCGCGGCAAAUUCAUGGGCGCAAACCGCCAAGCGCGCAUCCUGCUACGGCAGCGGCUCAAAGUCUCGGUCCACCCGCCCUCUUCAUCCACAUCCACGCCCACAGCCCUAGACACCGCAAGCCCCUCCCUCAGCUCCCCCCUCCGCACCCCGCUCUACGCUCUCAACGAAGUGAUCCUCCACCGCGGCAGCGCGCCCCACCUCACCAACAUCAGCAUCACGGUCAACGGGCGGCACCUGACGGACGCGAUCGCAGACGGCCUGAUCAUCGCCUCCCCGACAGGAAGCACGGCGUACUCGCUCUCCGCGGGCGGCAGCAUCGUGCACCCGCUCGUCCCGGCGCUGCUACUCACGCCCAUCUGCCCGCGCAGCCUGUCGUUCCGGCCGCUGGUGCUGCCCGCGGCAGCCGAGGUGCGGCUGCGCGUGAGCGAGCAGAACCGCAGCAAAGGCGUGGACGUGAGCGUGGACGGCGUGCGCAUUAGCGGGGGCGAAGGGGCAGGCUGUGGAGAGGGCGAAGGCGGGCUGCCGCGUGGCUGGGAAGUGCGCGUCCAGGGCGAGGACGUGGGGUUGUUGGGUGAAGGGGAGUGUUUGGGCGGCGUGCCCAGUGUCGUGAGGGGCACUAUGGGCGCGGAGCGCGGCGAGGACCAUUGGGUCGGCGGCUUGAAUGGGCUGUUGAAGUUUAACUAUCCGUUUGGGGAGGGCGUGUGAGGUCCAGGCAGCAUAUAGACAUACACAUCCUAGACAAACAAAGACGAGCA